CAAAGACUAGUUUGUUAGUUAAAUUAAAGGCGAUAACGCUGCACAAAGUUUGAUUCAAAUGUAAUUGAUAAACCUUGGACGAUAUCAGUACUGAACUGUUUAUGCAGGUGCACAUUGUGAUAAAAUGGAGUCUUCCACAGACCGAAUUUCCUCAAAAUUGGAAAUUUUAAAAGCAGAUUUGAAAGCAAUGAGGUUACAAGACGUGAAAUUGAUGAUGCAGCUUAUAGGAAUAAAUGAAUCUAUCCAGAGUUUAGCUAAGUCACGCCGUCAGACUCCAAAUAGACAUCCUCGAAUAAUGUCCACUGCCGACUUCAAUGCUACGGCCACGCCUUUAGUUAGACAACAGAGUGCUCCAACUUACAACAAGCUACACAGAAACAACAGCACAGGGUCCAUUGAGUCAACUGGAGAAAUUGGAGGUUCUGUUGAAGACAUCAACGAAGAAACAAUUGAUGAGCUUGAUGAUUGCUUAAAUUGUUCGUUGACGUCAUUUCCACCUCCGAUACCCACAAUUCCAAAGUCUCAUUCUCUCGCAGUGAUGACGCCACUUCCGGACGAUGAAGAUGAAGUAGACGACAGUAAAUACGAGGGGAUUUUAGUGACAAAUAUCAAACUUUGGAAAUAUUCACAACAGAAGUGUCACCAUAAGACGUGAAAUAUCUUCAUUAGACCAACAGAGGAUUGUUUCUCAUAUUAUAUGAACAUCAAAGUAAUUCAGUCUAACAUCAUGACCGAGUCGAUGCACUAAACUACACUGUAAGCUAGAUGAGAUGGGAACUGUAUUUUAUUUUAUAGGAACUAUAUUUUGAAGCACAGUUUUAUGUGCCUAGUUCUUUUGAAUGACCAUGGAUUUUCCGUAAAUAUAUGCGUGGGUUUCUUAACUCCCUCGGGUGUUGUACGAAUUGAGCUGACAGUGCAUUUAGAUGCAGAUGCAUGUGGCAAAUACAAAUUUUGUCUUAUUGUGCUGGUAACCGCAAUUGCGAAUAUGCAGUUGAAAUCAGUAUAAAAGACUUACUGCCAAGGAAUCAAUGCAAUAAAGAACUAUUAAAGAUAGCUCUACGUCUUAGAGGUCAUUAUUAAUGGUGAUCAGGAAGUAUCGUGUGGAGUGU